CGCAUGGUGCACCCGGGUGCACUAUACUAUUUUCAGCUAAUAUUUGAGUAAAAACUUAACCGAAAACACUCACAACAGUCUAAUGGCGGGAGGUAAAUAAAUAAAUAAAAUUGCCGGAAGAAAAUAAAAAUACACACACGUCCUUAUUUUCAUUCACAUGUAAUUUAACGCCAUCCCUCCUGUAAACCACGUGGCUUCAGAUAAUUAACCCAUUUCUCCAAAACUCACCGUUUCACUCAUAUACCACCCCCGAUAACUCAAAACGCUGCGUUUCAAGCCCGUCUAAAAAAAAAAAGAAGUUUCGUUAAAAUAAAUAAAUAAUUACUCCGAAUUAUUAUUGUAAAAUAAUUAAAAGAGAAAAAAAAAGGAAAAUAGUAAGGUCUGCAAAUCCUGAAUAUUUUUCUAUAAAACUCCUCCUCUUCAACGACACAAGGAAGAGAAGCAGCAAACAAUACUCAACCACCUUCCUCUAUCCUUUCUCUCUUUCCCAUUUUCUCUCUCCUCGCCGCCACCACCUCCGCCGGCGAAACCCUCACCUCUAUUCCGUUCACUUUUUGCGGCGGCGGAUCGGAGUUUCCUUAACUACUUUCUCUCUCCUCAGCACAAUGCCAGCGCAGAAACGUUCGGCGGAGGAUAACUACUCCGACGAGGAUCCUCCCAACAACGCCGCCGGAGAUGUCCCGGAGAACCAGCCUGAUGAGCAACGCGAUGUUGCUGCGAAUGAUGAUGAUGAUGAAGCACCACAUGAGGAGGAACAAGAUGGAGAUGAAGAAGGCGAAGACGACGAAGAUGAUGAUGAUGAUGAUGCGGAAGAUGAUGAAGGUGAUAAACAUGGCGGCGGAAGAGUGACCGAUCGAACUCCGUCGUUUAUCACUAAUGGUAACGUCAAUAAGGAAGGAUUAAUUUUAAUUAAACUGUCAGAUAUUCGCAAGGAAGUACAAUGUCCAAUAUGUCUUGGGAUCAUCCGUAAGACAAGAACAGUUAUGGAAUGUCUGCAUCGCUUCUGCAGAGAAUGCAUUGACAAAUCAAUGCGGAUGGGGAACAAUGAAUGCCCUGCUUGCCGCAAGCACUGUGCUAGUCGGCGGUCCUUAAGAGAUGAUCCAAAUUAUGAUGCACUGAUUGCUGCAUUAUAUCCUGAUAUUGAUCGAUAUGAAGAAGAGGAGCUGGCUUUUCAGGAAGAUGAAAGAGUUCGAAACAAGCAGAUCCAAGCUGCAAUUGCACAAACUUUCCGCCGACAGAGUGAAGCACUUGGCCGGAAAAGGAAAAGAUCACAGAGUAAUCAUCGAAAAAGAAGAAACUAUAGGUCUGACGAUGAUGAUGAUGCCAAUGGUCAUGAUGGCGGUAAAGAUUCAUCUUCUGCAGAUGAACGUUGCACAGAGUCUAAAUCUAAAAGAUCAAAGCGGUGGAGAGGUCAGCCAUCGCCAGCAGCCGCUAGCGGAGAUGGAGGUGGUGAUGAAAAUGAACAGGAGGUGGUCCACAGGGAUGCUGGGGUUUCACCAGCAGCAUUUGUUGGAACCUCAGAAAUUCUUGCCUGGGGUAGAGGUGGCUUACGGAGCAGUACUAGAUAUGGGAGUGGCAAUGGUGGCAAUGUCAAGCACUCUCGUGGUCGUUUUGUGAAGUUGACUGAUUAUUUUCGGACAUGGGAGCAGAAUGAAAGUGAGUUGGAUAUUCAAGUAGUGCUUGUUUCUCUCGACGAGCAGAAAGAACUUCUUCUUGAGCACUCCUACUUGUGUGGCAGGCCAGCCUUAUCUGUGGGGCAAAUAUGCGAAUUUAUUUCUCAUCAGACCUCGUUGCCAUCUGAUAAAGUUGAAAUUUUGGGAGCAAAAGGAAGCUCUUUAAGUUCGACUGCAUUUGAGGCAUGCAAAGAUGAGUUGCAAGUGUUGAAUUCUGAAGAAACCCUUGCUGGACUUAAAGCUUCAAGCAAUUUCACUCAAGGCCACUUGAUGUUGGCAUAUCGGAAAAAGCUGUGAGUGUAAGAGGUUUCUGAGGAAUAAUGUUGGCGGUCACAAGGAGUUGUCCAACAUUCCAACACAUCACAUAUUUGUAAAGGGAAAAGAAAUAUACAGAUAAGUAAGGGUUUCAGGUGUUUGCAGAUUAAGAAGUUUUAGCUUGGAGUUUGAGGAGUUUCGUGGCUUCAAGAUUUCAGCUGACGCUUUGAGGUUGUUUAUGUCUGAAUUCAAGUGUUUAAGCUAUUUAAAUAGGAACUUCUUUUCGUUGCGUUAUGACGGUUUUGGCAAAUGCCAGACUGUUUUUUCCGCCGCUGAGAUAGAAUGUAAAUUAGGUAAGCCUUGCCCAGCAAAUGUUGGGAUGAUUUUAUCUAAUGUUUGAAUUUACAAGACAUAUAUGAAUUAGUUGAUUCCAAAUUGCCCAAGACUA